GUCAACACUUGAGGAGGUUUGCUGCGCCAUGUGUAGGAAAUACUCUCCACAAUAUCAAUAGAAACUGUAGCUUAAUGUCCAUAUAGGGCGGUUCAAAUGGUACAUAAAGUGUACAUAUACGAUGUGUCCCUGUAAAACGUAAAGAAUAACGAUGUAAAACGGAUGUGUUUAUAAAGAUUGAUCAUGUGGAGGACAUCUCUGAGUGCAGCGUACCGUAGCUUUGGGUGCAGGAUUGUUGGACCAAAGGGACGUUGGAGCUUCCAUGUGGUGCGUAAAUACAGCGCUCCAGCGGUACCUGCAAGCCGGAUUACCGCACUUCAGGCGGUGGAUUUAUGGAAGAAACACUUUGCGGAGAGAGGCGUGAUGGAGCCGGACCACUCCAGUCUAUACAUUAUCGCUCACCUGCUCGGUGCUAAAACUAUAGAAAGUCUUGAGCGGGGGAAGUUAUCAGAGCUACUAAGCCCAGAAAAAACAGAGCAAAUGUGGAAGCUCUGCAAUAGACGCCUAUCCAGAAUGCCAGUGCAGUAUGUGAUUGAAGAGUGGGACUUCAGAGAUCUGACACUGACGAUGAGACCUCCUGUGUUCAUACCAAGACCUGAAACCGAGGAACUGGUUGAACUCGUGCUCUCUGAUCUGGAGAUGAAUUAUGGAGUUGGUUCAGACGGCCAGCAUACAUGUUUGGAAGUGGGAUGUGGCUCCGGUGCCAUUUGUCUCAGUCUGCUGAAGAGUCUGCCUCAGCUCAAAGUUACUGCUCUGGAUCAAAGCCUGGAUGCAGUGGAUUUAACAGGAGAGAACGCGUUAAGGUUGGGGCUUCAGGACAGAUUACAGAUUCAUCAUUUAGAUGUAAUGAAAGAUACAGAAACUGUGUUGAGCCUUUGUCGCCAUGUCUCAGCUUUGGUCAGUAACCCCCCGUACCUGUUCUCAGAGGAUAUGAGCACGUUGGAACCUGAAAUACUUCGGUUUGAAGACCAUGCUGCUUUAGAUGGAGGUAAAGAUGGUUUGAAAGUAAUCAAACAGAUUUUGACUCUGGCUCCUCAGAUUCUAUCAAAUCAUGGACGUGUUUACUUGGAAGUGGAUCCCAGACACCCCCCGCUCAUUCGACGGUGGGUGGAGGCGAAUGUGAAGGAGAUGCGUUACGUGGAGACACGACACGACAUCACCGGCAGGCCACGAUUUUGCAUCCUUCAGAAAGAGAAGUCAAGCAAGGACCACAAGCUGGAUCUGGAUUGAGAAACCGAGAUCCUAUUACACUGGCUUUAGCCCAGGUCGCCACAGCCUCAGCUCCCCUACCCCCACUGAGCCACCAAGCACGCAUUCACAGCGAUAUCAUUACUCCAAAUUCACCAUUUGCAGAGGCUCAAAUCAUUUUCAUGUAACUGUUGCACUUUUAAUCUGGUAACAUUUAUGAUCGUAUCCUGCUCUGCCAUAAAAAACUGUGUGCGAGGUGCCGCAGAAGCAGACUGAAAGCUGAAGGUAAUUACUGAGGCUUUUCUUAGAACCCUCCCUCUCAGAAUCUCUCCCUCCUCCCAGGAAGCAUUCAGCAGUUCUGUGAAUCCGCUGAUGAACGGUCCUCCCCUUCGCUCGUCCACUAGCUGAGUCAGAUGCAGGCUGUACGCAUUGUUGAGCAAAAACACACACACACACACACACACACACACACACACACACACACACAGAGACACAAUGUGGCCUUUACUUCCUCACACAAUCGACAUCUCUUGCACACUUGAAGCUCAAAGUCUUUGUGUUUCAAAGGUGAUUUGAAGCAGAAAAUAUUGUAACAAGUGUCACAAGAGCAAAUCAUCAUGUGCCGGUUAAUAAAGAUGAUGAUGACGGAUGGUAUUUUUUGUUUCUUUACCCUGUGAGUUAUA